UGUGUAAGGGGCACCACAGCAGAAGAAACACCACAAUCGACCGACCUGCUAGGGCCCGUGUCGCUGCCAAGGGCUGACGGAAAAAGUCGAUUUUUCUGGUUUUUCCGGUGGAAAAUUCCGGAUUUCGUGCGUGAUUCGUGUGCAGCUAGUGAAGUUAAAUCCCUCAAAAACCAGCAUGUUCCUUUAACACCCACACGGUCCACACACGCACCAUGGAUGUUUCCGCUGGCAACAACAGCCAGCUCGCCAUCGGCAUCGAUCUUGGCACGAGCUACUCCAGCGUUGGGAUCUACCGGCGCGGCAAGUUCGAGAUCAUUGCCAACGGCGCCGGUAACCAUCGCAUUCCCUCGUGUGUCGCCUUCACCGACAAGACUCGCCUCGUGGGGGACGAUGCCGUCGAGCAGGCCGACCUCGAUCCCGGCAAUGCGGUUUGCGAGGUCAAGCGGACGCUCGGAGGGUCCUCCGCCGCCAAGAUGCGGGUUCAGUUCCGCGGCGAGACCAAGCAGUGCCAUCCGGAGGAGAUCUGCGGGGUCAUGCUGGGUAGCUUGAAGGCGAUGGCCGAACGGAAGCUGGGUCAACGGGUUGGGGCGGCGGUGGUGACGGUUCCGGCUGGGUUUACCGAUGGGCAGCGGCAGGCGAUGCUGGAUGCGGCCGCGAUCGCCGGGAUCAGUGUGCUGAGGUUGGUGAACGAACCGACGGCGGCGGCCAUUUCGUACGGGAUUAACAAGAAGUUGGUGGGGGAGCAGUGGGUGCUGGUGUGUUCCCUCGGGGGAGGGUACUUGGACGUGUCCAUUUUGACCGUGUACAACGGAGUGUUUGAGGUGAAGGCCACGUCCGGGGAUAACGAGCUGGGUGGGACGGACUUUGAUGACCGGCUUGUGACGCAUUUCGCGAAGGAGUUCAACGAGAAGUUCGGCGUGGACGUUGGAAGCAACAAACUGGGCAUUCGGAAGUUGCGGAAGGCUUGUGAGCAGGCCAAGCGGACACUUUCCUACACGAAUCGUGCCACGAUCGAGAUUGAAAACCUUCACGAGGGUCACGCCCUCUCCACAGUUUUGACCCGCGAACUGUUUGAGGAUCUGUGUCGGGAUCUGUUCGAGCGGAUCAUGCUGCACGUGGAGAUGGCGCUGCGACGAGCCCGCAAGGAUCGCUUCGCCAUCCACGAGAUUAUGCUGGUCGGCGAGUCUUCGCGGAUGCCGCGCGUCCAGAUCAUGCUGAGUGAGUUUUUCGAUCGUCGCUCGUUGGCCAGUUCGAUCAACUCGGACGAGGCGGUGGUGGUGGGCGCGUCGAUUGCGGCGGCUAUUUUGAGUGGGGAAAAGUCGCCGGAGAUUCAGGAUAUUCUGUGGUUGGACGUGGUGCCGAGGUCGAUCGCGCUGGAUUGUGGGGAAGACGCGGCGCCGCGGAUUUUGAUCAGCCGGAACUCGACGGUUCCGAUCAAGGUGAAGCAUCGGGUGAGGAACUUCCGCGAGACGCAGCUGCUUUACGAGGGGGAAAGUGCCAUUGUUAGUGAUAAUGUGCUGCUUGGGAGGUUGAAGAUCGAGGGGGACUUUGGGGAGGAGUUGGAGGACGUUGGGUUGCUGUUCAGUACGGAUACGAACGGGAUUCUGCAGGCUGUGGUGGAGGGAAAUAUUGAGCUGAAGGCAACGCUGGAUAAGGGACGGCUGGAGCGGUUCGAGAUCGAUCGGAUAGUGUACGAACACAAGAAGAUUCUGCUGGAGACGGAAAAGGGCGAGGAAGAAGUUAAAGAGCAGAAGAUCGAGAAGGAACAGAUCGCGGUGCUUCCAUUGAGCAGUUCCGUUGAGUCGGAUGAAUUGGCGGGUACGUGGGAUCGGUUCAGCGAGUGGCUGCACUGUGUUUGCAUAGUGACGUUCGAUCUGGAACUGGGUCAGGCUAUGGAGUUGAUCUACCCGAAGCACGUGUCCCUGACGGAGCAGGAGAAGAUGAACAUUUGUUACUUGGCGUUCCCGGACUCCAACUCCGGUUGCAUGGGAGACUCGCAGUUCCACAUCCGGUUACGGGUUUCACCGGGGUCGGAAUCGUCCGGGUUGAGACGCGAGCACGCCGACUUCAACUGCCACUGUUUGCCGGUGCAUCGAGCCGAUCCGGGUCACUUUUGGGGUUUCGUGUACUUCCGGCAGAUCAAGGACGCUACGCUGAAGCGAGGUUACUUUCAGAAGAGUUUGGUCCUGCUGAGUCGGUUGCCGUUUGUCAAUUUGUUCUACGAGAUUUGUGCGUUGAUCGCACCGUCGUUCUUUGCCAGUGGAGAACCGACGCUGGAAGCGGUGUGUGAUAAUAUUUGCCAUUGGCCGUCGCUGAUGGCCGGAGAGAAUCUGUCGCUCCACUUGCUGGGUAGUAUUUACGAGAUUUCUAUUCCGAAGCAAAACUACAAAUCUCUAGCGGCGGCGGAGAAGGUCAACCGGGAAUCGGCAACUCCGCCGGGAUCGCAAACGCAGAUCAUCGCUUCAAUCCACGAGAUCGACAUCUUCAAGAGUUUGCAGUUCUUCCUGCCCCACAUCCACCUGCUUUGGGAGCUGGUCCUGACCGGCGAGCCCAUCGUCGUGACCGGAACGUCCCCGACCGACUGCGCUCACAUGGUCCAGUCGUUGAUGGGUCUCAUCAGUCCGCUGUCCUACUGUGCCGAAAGCCGACCCUACUUUACGAUCCACGACACCGAGUUCAAGGAGUUUACCCAGAACAAACACGGCCACCCGUCAAUUAUCCUCGGCGUAACGAACCCGUUCUUCGCCAAAACCCUCCAGCACUGGCCGCACACGAUCCGGCUGCAGGACAGCGCCGAAAGCCUAGCCCUGCUCAAGCAGAAGCAAGCGGUCAUCUCCGGCGGCGUGAACGUCACCAAUUCCGGCUCGGAAGCCGCAACCCUGUCGAAACUGUCCAAGAUCAAACAGAUCACCAACAAACUGUUGGAUUCUUCCCCCGGAGUUUACACCCAGUACAAACCGUUCAUCUCCAAGGACAAAGCGUUCCUCAAGAAGAUUCUGCUGGGGAUAAAGACCGAACGUCCACCGUCAGUACAAUCCGCCCUGCUCCGGCGGCAUCUGCUCGAACUCACCCAAAGCUUUAUGAUCCCCCUGGAGCGCUACCUGGCCUCGCUGAUGCCCCUGCAGAAGGACAUUUCCCCGUUCAAAUCCGCACCCCAGCCCAACCCCUUCAAGCAGGAAGAUUUCCUCGCAACGCUCGAAGAGUGCGGCCCCCAGCUGACCUCCAGCUGCAAGGGCGACUGGGAAGGCCUGUACAAGCGGUUCUUCGCCUCGCCCAACUUCAAAGGCUGGUACGAAACGCGCCACUUUGAACUCCAGCAAACCCUCCAAGCGCUGCACAUGCAAACGCUGUCCGAGUCGAACCUGGCCGAGUGGGUCAAGGGCAAGCACGAGGUCGAAAUCGUCGACAUGAUCCUGCGGCUCAAGCAGAAGCUCACCCUCUGCGGCAGCACCCAAAUGGCCGCCCUGCCCGUCCAACUCAACACCAAGGACACCCGCGAGCAACUGCUGCGCCAUCUGGACAGCAUGAAGCGCUGUCUUCCGGACGACCUGAAGCAGAUUUUAAACAAUAUCUGAUGCAUGUUUUUAACCUUAGUUGCUUAGCAAAGAAAAACAAA